AGUGGAGAGCGUUCGUUGGCAAAGCGGAAAGCUAAAGUUUUAAAUACCAACGGAGAGACCCCACGAGCCUCCAAAACCAAAACCCAAAGACCAACCUCCCUUUAUCUUCUUCUCUUUCCUUUUAUUUUUUAUGUAUUUAAAUUUUUUAUUUUUUUCUGUACAAUUAUCUCGCAAUAAUCUCCUCGAUUAGGGAAUCGCCUGGUUGGAUUGUGUGACUCGAGAUCGGCCAAACCAAGCAGAUAACUAAUAAAGAUGGAAUCUCACGAUGAAACUGGAUGCCAAACUCCAGACCGCCCUAUCCUUUGCGUUAACAACUGUGGAUUCUUUGGAAGGGCCGCUACAAUGAACAUGUGUUCUAAAUGUUACAAGGACACACUCCUAAAGCAGGAGCAAGCCAAUUUUGCUGCUUCAUCCAUUGACAGCAUUGUGAAUGGCAGCAGUAGCAGCAUUGGCAUUGGCCCAGUCGUUGCAGGUGUUGUUGAUGUGCAAGCUGGACAAGUGGAGACAAGAGUUGUUUCAACAGAACCAUCCAUUGACUCGUCUUCGAGCAUGGUGUUUGAGGUGAAAAAAAAAGAGGGACCAAGCAGAUGCACUACUUGCCGAAAGCGUGUUGGUUUAACUGGCUUCAAUUGCAAAUGUGGAAACACCUUCUGUGCAAGUCAUCGUUAUUCUGACAAACAUGACUGUCCUUUUGAUUAUAGGACUGCUGGUCAAGAUGCUAUUGCAAAAGCCAAUCCUGUCGUCAAGGCAGAGAAACUUGAUAAGAUCUAGUACUCAUGGGCUGAACUGAAGAUUUGUGUAUUGAAAGAUGAUGGUACUCCUUCUUGGUUUCGUGUCUUGUUAGGUCUCCUAAUGGUAAAAAUGCUUAAGUCAUGAUAAUGAGGACAUGAUUUUAUGGGAACUCUAUUCCUAGUUGGUGAAGUAUUCCUUUGCUGGCUCCAGUGUGUAAGUCUUUAUUAUUGUUGGUUUGAUGGAUGUCUUUGGAGCAAUGUUUCAGUGUGGUCCUCUGCUUGGUAUGCAUUUCUUUAUUGCAGUACAUGGAAAUAUGAAAAUUUCAGCCUUCAGUACAAUUAUGUUGUGCAAUUAAAACUUCCUUAAGUUGUUU